CCCAUCCCGGCCGCCUUAGGAGGAGCUCCCGGCCCGGCCGUCUCCGAGGCUGCUCGGCCUCCGGAGGGGGGCUGGGAAAUCAGCGGAGCGGCGGCUUUCCCGAGGCCAGGCGCAUCGCCAGGGCAACCAUUUGCCCCCCUCCCCGCCAGGGACCAUGUUCACCAGCACGGGCUCCAGCGGGCUGUAUAAAGCACCUCUCUCAAAGGGUCUAUUAAUAAUACCAAGCAUCUUCUCGCUACUGCUGGCUCUACUCUUUCAGCAUUAUCAAAAGUUCUUUACCUACAAUCUGCAAGCAGUAAAAGAGGAAUUUCAGAUUUGGAGGCUGCUGUGUGGACGAACAGUGUGCCUUGAUCUUAAAGACACUUUCUGCAGUAGUUUACUUAUCUACAACUUCAGAAUAUUUGAAAGGCGGUAUGGCAGUAGAAAAUUUUCAUCAUUUUUACUGGGCUCCUGGAUGCUAUCAGUGAUGUUUGAUUUUGUCCUGGUAGAAGCUAUUGAAUAUUCUUUUGACCUCAACAUCAGCAGCUUGCCUUCAGGAUUCUUGGGGCCUGUAUUUGCUCUUUUUGUUCCAUUUUAUACCUCCAUUCCAAGAGUGCAAGUGACACAAAUUCUGGGACAAUUUUCCAUCACAAACAAGACAUUGGUUUAUAUAUUGGGUUUGCAGCUUUUAACCUCUGGGUCUUACAUCUGGAUCGUAGCCUUAAGUGGGCUGAUUUCUGGAAUGUGCUACAGUAGUAGUCUUUUAAAAGUGUACCGCAUACUUUGUGUGCCCUCUGGCAUAGCAAAGAUCUUUGCUCGGACUCUUGAACCAAUUUUCACAUCAGCGGAGCCCUCUAAUGAAUUUGGAGUUGGAAUGGGAGCCACUAUUGAUAUACAGAGGCAACAGCGGAUGGAGCUACUUGAUCGACAGAUACUGAUCUCUCAGGUUGCUCAGAUGAGGCGACAAAGACAAGGUGGAAUAGUUAAUUGGAAUCGUUUCUUUCCUCCUUUACGUCACCGACCUAAUGCAAAUUAUUUGGAUAAUCACCCAACUGUGCAGGAAGCACGGCCUCCAGCUGAAGUUUCUGAAGAACAGGUAACAUCUGCUUUUUAUGAGAAGAAAACCACAGUAUUCCAGACUCAUGAUUCUGCUAAGCUUAAGCACAUUUAACUGUUUUCCAUGCUU